AUGAAGUGGGCUUAUAAAGCGAACGUCAAACAACGUCGUGUCGACAAAAAAGCGAAGCACGCUCAACAGAACACAACGCAACCAACCAAACAUCACACCACACUGGAUCACACUGAACAAACUUCCCACGCCGCGCUUAAUGGCGCGUUCUGUCCUGCACGCGACUGCGCACUUGUGUUGGAGGAAUUCAAUGCUGGUCUGAUAGCACUGGCGGCGGAGAGACUUCACACAGUUUUGGGAUUAUACGUUACUCAAGGAGCUAAGGGAGAGAUUGUCGACAUCGAUGGAGCUUUCGCGCAUGCUAUUGAUGAAACUUUAGGAUUCCACAGAGAACUAUCCGCUAUUACAGACUUUGAAAUGAAUAGCGUGCUGGCUGUGCUCACUAAAGCAGAGACUUUUGUAAGAUGGCUGUCCGUUGAAAAGAAAUAUGCACUGUCUAAGAUGGAUGAGGCUUUGGGCAACGAGCAGUGGAGCGAACCAGUUGCGGCGGGAGUUAGUGUUGCCGUUGGUUCCGUGUUAUGGGUUCCGCGCAGUGCCGACUGGUUUAUUGCCCUUUUGAAAACCAUAGAAGACCGAUAUGCGAUGUUACCGCAGCCAGGACAUAGGUUACAGUUCCUCGAGCUCCAACUAGAGUUAAUAGAAGAGUGGCGUAUCCGUCUGACGCAACUUAUGAGUGCGGCGAUGGACUCGCUCCAACCGGACUCCUUCUUGACCGCAUCAAGCCCACACCCACUAACGGCCGUCAUAAACGCCGCGCACUACACUCGCAUGGUGUUAUUACAAUGGGCGCACUCACUACACUACUUACAAUUGCAUUUCUAUCGACGUCAGUUCGAAUAUUUUACUCAACAACAACAUAGAGACGAUGAAACUGAUACAACAACUAGUUCCGGGAGCGAUGAGGACGACGACUAUGACUCUGAAGAAGAUCAGGCCAAGAGACGCUCUAGAAUAGAAAGUGAAAUAAACGAGGCCAUGUCACUCAAUGAAUUGGAGUUCAAAGCCAAAAUGAUGGCUUUGAGCGAAAUGUCUCGAAGGACUUCGCUCAUGCAUGAGCAAACCCAAUAUGACAUCGCGGCUCCCAUCGCGAACUUGGCAGUGACGGAGCCGCUUGCCCGCGAGUCCGGGCAGGAGGAGGAAGCUGGUGUGUUUGCGGAGGCGCCGGCGCUGCUGGCGCAUCUACGUGAUUCUGGCCUCUCCGCACUCGCUGAUCACAUACUGCUCGAGUUCAAGGCCACCAUACGCGAUUAUAAGAAACAGAAAUGGCAUGCGAUGCUAACGGUGGAGGAGCGUGCGCUGAGUGUGUCGGGCGCGCUGUGCGGGCCGCUGGCGGCGCUGUGCGCGCGCCUCGCCGCUGCCGCCGCGCGCUUGGCGCCCGCGCUCGCCGCCCGGCUGCGCGCGCGCCUCGCUGCGCACCUCGACCGCUGCAUGCUGCAGGAAAUGGUACUAGAAACAUGGUUUAAUACGGGCGGCACGCUGCAGUUCACUCAUGACGUGAAGAGGAACCUGGUGCCAGCUUUUGCGCCGCCUAAUAAAGCAGCCUCACAAGUAAACCCGUUGCCCAAACUUCUUGAGGCGUGUAAACUUCUGAACAUGGACUAUGACGACGCCCGGCGCCUCCGUUCGAUCCUCUCAAAGCAGCCAGCUGUGGGCACUGAGAGCCUUACUAACCACGGCAUAACGCACAUCCAGCCCAACGAAGCUCUUCAGAUCCUCAGCCAAAGGACAGAUCUUAGCGAUGCCUCGACACCGUCGUCCGUUAUGGAAUUAUUCUGA